AUGCCGCGUGCGACCAGCAGAUCUUCUGGAUCGAGGGCCUCUGCUCCGGCGAGACCAGCUCCGAGGCCAGCACCUGCGUCGCACACUCACUCCGCGCCUCCACCCGCACCAGCAGCGCAACCGGCGCCUCCCCCAGCGCAACCAGCAGCAGCCUCUGGAGGGGGGAGCAUGCUGGGUGGGUUGAUGCAGACGGUGGGAGAGGGCAUGGCGUUCGGAACAGGGUCCGCCAUUGCCAACAGAGCCGUGGAUGCCAUCAUGGGUCCGCGCACUGUCGUGCACGAGCACGUCAACUCCGCCGCGCCUGCAGCCGCGCCUGCUGCUGCGCCCGCUGCCGCUCCUGCCACUGCCAGCUCUUCCACAGACUGCGCUCAGCUGCAGCAGGAUUUCAACAAGGUAGGCAUUCGUUCCAGAGUGCGGUUUUGCUUUCGGUACAAGUUCUCACGAUGCUCCUCACUGCUUGUCUACUCUGAGCAGUGCGUGGAAAUGCACGGGAGUGACAUCUCCAAGUGCCAGUUUUACCUGGAUAUGCUGACUGAGUGCAAGCGGAACGCGUCCUCAGGGAAUACGCUUCAGUGA